UCAAGAAUCGUCAACAGGUAAAAAAAGUUCUCUUAGAUGCACACCAAGCAAGACAACGUGGGAGAGAGAAUCGCACGUUAUAAAUGAGAGGUUAGAAAGACGCUGUGUCUGAUGCGCCGCUGAGAUGCAGGUUGAAAACAUAAAGCCGCAAAUUAUAAGCCACACUGAAAAGCAAACCGAUUAUGCUGUGCAUGCGGUAAAAUGGAUUCCGAGUUCGGCAAGAUUUGUCGCCGUUGGAGGAAAAUCCAAUGGAGCCGGUAUAGUUGAAAUUUAUUCUCUUACCGGAGAAGGUUUGGAGAAGCAAACUGAAUUUUGUAAGAGGGAUCACUUUAAAUGUGCAACAUUUGAUGCGUCUAGUUUAACGAACCGUCACUUGGCCACUGGAGAUUUUAGCGGAAGAUUGCAAGUAUGGGAUUUGGAAGACAGUUUAUGUCCCGUUUAUAUGACGACGAAACACACACAAGUAAUCAACUCAAUCGACGGAGUCUCCGGAAGAAACUCCGGAUGCGGAGCCCCAGAAAUAGUCACUGGCUCCAGAGAUGGUUCCGUUAUGAUUUGGGACGUGCGUCAAAAAGAUUACCCGGUAUCAAAAUUUCUACCUCUCGAGGGACAAACCGGAAGAGAUUGUUGGGCCGUAGCUUUUGGCAACUCGUACAACAACGAAGAGCGUGUCGUUGCCGCGGGCUAUGAUAACGGCGACAUAAAAUUGUUUGACUUGAAGAUGAACGCCGUUCGAUGGUCGAAGAACGUUAAGAAUGGGGUUGUCGACGUGCAAUUUGACCGCAAAGACAUCUGCAUGAACAAGCUGGUCGCGACGACUCUCGAAUCGAAGUUGUACUGUUUCGACGUACGUACUCAGCACCCGAAAAAGGGGUUUGCGUAUGUGAGGACCAAAGCACAUGAAUCCACUAUAUGGAGUGUGCAACAUUUGCCGCAGAAUCGCGACAUUUUCAUGACCACUGGGGGUGCUGGUACACUGUGCUUAUGGAAAUAUGAGUAUCCUGACAGAAGAGUGGAGAAGGAUUCGGAUGGUAUUUCUUACGGAUUACCAGGAAAACUGACUUUGCUGCAAAAUUGUGUGAUGUCUGAGCAGCCAAUUACUUCAUUUGAUUGGUGCUUGGAUAAACUGGGACUGGCUGUGACCUCAGCGUUUGAUCAGACAAUUAGGAUUUUAAUUACCACAAAAUUGAAUUUAUAUUAAAUAAUACUUCAUUGUAUUCUU